AUGAUGAGAACAGCCAAGACUUCCCCAGCCCCCUUGUCUGGAGCCCACCCAACUAACGUUUUCUCGUUACAACAAGACGAUCGAGGAGAACUGGACCAGUUCGGCCAGCCUCUUUGCGAAGUUCCUGUAUUCCAGACUCGGACCAUCCCGCCCGCCUUAGCUACUGGAGCUGAAUACGACGACAUUUCUGAACUGCAACUCCAUAUCAAGACAUGCACUCGCCCCGUCCGGUCAACGGCCAAGUCAGUAAACGCAGUUCUGCCGCGGUCUCGGAUUAGCUCGAAGAACCAUAACAAACAUGGUCAUCAUCUCGCGAGACGUAGUUCUGCUCCAGGGAUAGCAAUCACGCCUUUGCCUUGUACACGGACGCAACAAACCCUCACACCAACAAACUCUGGGCCAUACUGCACGUCUUGCUACGCGAAAGAGACACCCAAAUGGCGUGAAGGCCCCCUAGGACCACUUACACUCUGCAACGUGUGCGGCUUGCUCUACGCCAAAAGGAGGCCAAGGCGCGGCCGUUUCUGUUGCGCAGAGUUUCGUAUUGGCUCGUUUCUUGACGACGAGCCGCAAGCUUUAUGA